CUUUGCAGAGAUAUAGAAAAAAAUCCAGGCCCUCUCUCUGUUGUUCCCUCUCAAACACUUCAUGCACCAUAUUGUCAAGGUAAUGUUGCAGUGUUUGGUCAAAAUGCUGGACAGCAAUGUGCAGCCAUGUCUUUAUGUAGUCUAAUAUACAAUGACAAGAAGUCAAUUACUUCUGCAGAAGACUUGGUUGAAAUUAUGAACAUUGGUAACAAACUGUAUUCUAGUCUAUCGACCAUAUCCAGAAACUCUUUCUUGAUGUUAACAGAGUUACCUUCAAUGAUUAUGGUGUUUGACACUAAUUAUCACCUCCAAUAUAGUGAAAGUUAUACUUGUAGGUUACAUGCGAACAGCAAUUAUUCAAUUGAAGGCUUUCCUUACUGCAUGCCUCUGGUUAGUGCUUUGCAAAUUUUAAUAUCAGAAACCUAUAACUCAUUCCUUUUGACAAUACAGAUUAAUACUGCAGCAAUUUAUCGUACUUUACAUGGUGCAUAUAAGGUAUUUGAUUCCCAUGCUAGAGAUUCAUUUGGUUUGGCCCAUCCUCAAGGAACUUGUGUUUUGUUGCAUUUCCAGGAAAUGAAUAAAUUAGUGGAAUAUUUUCAGAGUUUAUAUACUAAUGAUGCCAUAUUUGAGCUGAAAGGUUUAAACAUUUCUGUAUCAGAAAUUGGAGUUCAUGAUCAUAACAAGCCAUUUUCAUCAGAAGAUCAAAAUGUAACUUGUCAGACAGCUGCUGUUAAUGAAGAUAUCACUAUGGAAAUUGAUGCAAAUAUUAGUCUUUUAAAAAAGAGUUGUGCCAUAUGCUUUUAUUGUGUUUGUUUUUCAAUUAUUAAACCAUGUAGUUAUUGGAAGUCAUUUACAUUAGAAGCUGUUGUUGAACAUGGAAAUAUAUUUUAUAAAGAAAACCUUGACACCAGUAACCAGUUCACAAUUGAUGGGUUACCACUUAGGCUUAAGAUCUAUGAUGCUGAUGUAGAUGUGAAAUACAGUUCAAAACAUCAAGGAAUCUUUUCAUGUAGUUCUUUGUCCAGCAAACUAGUACUUCAGAGGUUAAUUUUAGACAACAAAAAUGUGAAUAUUGGAUUUCUUCUAUGGCUCUCUGGUUACUGUCUAAGUUGUGUAAUUUGUCAUACUGGCCGUGUUGCUGCUAAAACAAAGACAAAAUAUUUUGUAAUGGAAUUCCAUGAAAAUCAAGGACUUCAGGUACUUGAACAUAAUCAUGUAGAUUCCCUUAUUGAAACUUUGUGUAAAAUUGUAACAAAAAAAUUCAACUGUCAAGAAAUAGAAUACUGUAUUCAAUUUCUAUUGUGUACGUCGCAAAUUACCAACACUGAAAGGCAAAGGAUCAUGAAAAAGCAUAGGACAACUUCACAGAAAAAGUUUACUGCAAACAAAUGCAAAAAGAACUAUGGUCAAAUGGAACCUCCUAAGAAAAAAGCCCACUUAGAACAAAAAGCUGCAUAUUACAAAAAUGUGUUCUGUAAAAAGAGGAAAGGAACCAAAAUAAACAAACCUUGCAAUAAAAGAGCCAAACAAGUUCCAAAACAUCAGAAUAAAACCUCUCACAAUGACUUGAAUCAUUUUUUUUCAAUCUUUCAUAAAAAGAUUAUGGAAGGUCCAUUCUACACAUGUACUGUAUGCAAUAGACUACUUUAUAGAAAAUCAGUUACUCAAGUAAAGGAAGCCAAAUAUAGCACUCGCUUUCUUUUAACAAAUAAGAAGUCAUUUGAUAAAAAGGAAUACAUUUGCAAAACAUGUGACUUGAAGGUUUCAAGUUGCUUGUUGAUGAAAUCCCUGCAGAACUUGAGUCUCUAGAAAAGCUUGAACAGAUCCUUAUAGCACAGCGCAUUGUAUUCGAGAAAAUAGUAGUAAUGCCAAAAGGCCAACAACGAAAAAUUAAAGGAGCUAUCUGUAAUGUGCCUGUUAAUUGUGAACAGACAUCCAAUAUUUUACCACGUCCUCCAGAAAGUUCAGGCAUAAUUAUGUUGAAACUUAAAAGGAAACUCCAGUUCAGAGGUCAUGUCUACUUUCAAGCAGUGCGACCCGAGUUUAUUGUCAAUGCCCUUAUGUGGCUUAGGAUGAAUAAUCCAUUGUACAGCAAUAUAGUAACAUGCAUUGAAAAUAUUGACCCAAGUCUAACAAAAUUUCAAGACUGUGAAAUACAUGUAAAUGCAGGUAUAUGUACUGACAAUGAAAUAUGCUCUUCAAAUCAUAACUCUUGUGAACAAGACACAAUACAAUCUGGUGAUGACAAUGAAGAAGAAAAAGACGACCCUUUGAAUGAAUUUAGAGCACCAAUUAAUCAAACAUGCCUACAGUCUGUUAUACCAGAUUAUCCUGUAACUGUAGAGCUAAAUAGUAAUAAUUCAUCAGGAAAUGAAGUUUACAAUAUUGCACCUGGUGAAAAUAAACAUCCGGUGUCCUUUAUGAGUGACAAACAAUGUGAGGAGCUGGCAUUUCCAGUAUUGUUUCCUAAAGGAAGAUUUGGCUAUAAAGUUGAACGACAGGUUAAAUUGUCACCAGUAAAAUACUUUAAUGCAAGACUGUUACAUUGUAGCGGCAGAUUUGCAACAAAUCCAGAAUAUCUAUUCUUUGCACAGUUCAUAAUAGAACAGAAGAAAAUUUCAGAUAGUAUUAAUAUUGCUCUAACAAAAGUUCACGGACAGCCUACUACAGCAUCUCAUUUAAGAUCAAAUACACAAAGUUUGCAAAAUCUUAUUUGUCAAGAUCAGGCUUAUUUAUUUUUA